CAAACAGACGCCGUCACCUUGACCGGAACGUCUCUGCGGGGAACCUUCUCCCACAGAAGACAUGUGGGAGGCUGCGUAGAGUCGUCGCCACCAAAGCAGUGAUCGUGAUGCAUCGGCGGGCCGCACGCAAAACUAGGUUUGCGGGAAGUUUAUCUUCUAUAACUCUAACACAGGGUUGCUAACUGAGCGCCGCCAUUAUAUCUUCCUUCUCUUUCUCUAUUGUCAGCUCCUUCGUGUCUGCAGUACGAGACAACCCGUUGCCAUGGCGACAACCGUUUGGCUCGUUUUAGCAGCGCUGACUUCCGGUUGCUGUGUAACGAGUGGCCAGCAGCUGCCUUUCUGGGACGCCAACAGCUACGUGGACCGGAUGAUCCUGACGAGACUGCCGGCACACAGAGAGGACAUCGACCCCCUAGAGGUGCCGCCAUUCGCUCUUCACAACAGCCAUGAUAAGCGGUACGGACCAGUGCGCUUUCACGCGUCCAACGUCACCGGCCUGGUCCGACUCGCCCGAGUGCAGCGGGGAGACCAGUGCUCCAGUGUCACCGACGAGUUCCCCGACAGAGCCAACGUCACCUGCCACGUCACUUUCGACGCCAUCAAGGUUUACAUGGACAGCCUUCUGACUCGCGAUGGCCACGAAGUAUUGGAUAUCAAAGCCAACGUGACAUUCCGAAACGUGCUAGCCCGCCUGGACGUGCACUUUGCUCCGUGGUACGACCCGGUGGCGAACCUGACCGUCGGCGCCACUUUCAGUGACCUGCGUUCGACCUUUGACGGCCUCACCAAGACGCCCGAAACGCAGAAGCUCAUCUGGGGCUACGAAAAGGUGGCGAAGGACAUCGUCGCCCAGGCCAUUACUGUGGAUGUCAGCAAUGUUUUGACAAAAGUAGCGUCGGAGCUGGUAUUUCCCUGCUGCAGCAGCAGGUGACAGGAGGAAAUGAUGGAAGUACCCGGGUCCAGCGGGACCCGGAUAGAACAACGUUAACGAUCGGCUCCUACCAGCAAUUGUAAACAAUCAAGCUGCUGCAAGUGAGCGUAUCGGUUCACGCUGGUUGAUCCCAAUGACCAGCGCGUGAUAAGAUGUAAAUUGUUUUAUGUACCUCAACCUUUGUGUCAUGUCUGCAUACUUUGGGUGGUCUCUUCUCCCCAAAACUUUAACCACUUAACAGACGACAAACACUUUGGUUAGGUCAUUUAACCUCAGACGUCGAAG